AUGACGCAAACUUGGACCUUUCCGGGAGUUGCCGUUGUCACAGGAGCCGGUGGUACAGGCAUCGGUGCAGCCACAGCAAAAGCGUUUGCUUUGGCAGGAUGUGAAAGAAUCGCAAUCACGGAUCUCAAUCCUGCCUCUUUAGAUCAGACCCGGGAGGCUAUCCUCGCUUCCUACCCUCAGACGCGUCUUCUAGUCAAGGCGGGCGACAUAUCCAAUGAGAGCUUUGUCGAGUCAUUCAUCCGCGAGGUGGUGGAUGCCUUUGGACGGCUAGAUUAUGCGGUCAAUUGCGCCGGAAUCCUAGGAGAUGCCAUGCGAACAACCGAGACAUCAACGGCGGUAUUUGACCAUAUCAACAACAUCAAUUAUCGGGGUGCUUGGUUCUGUUCUAGAGCAGAGUUGAGACAAAUGGUGGCACAAGAUCCCUUACCGAGCCAUGAUCCGAAUCGCGCUCCUCAGCGAGGGGCUAUUGUGAAUGUUGCAAGUCAGCUGGGCAUUGUGGGACGCCCUAGUGCUCCUGCGUAUUGUAGCUCCAAGGCUGCUGUCAUUGCGAUGACCCGCUCCGAUGCGAUCGACUAUUCUGCGGACGGCAUCCGUGUAAAUUGUGUUUGUCCGGGUGUAAUUGAGACCCCGAUGACAACGUACAGCGAGGAAAUUCGCGAGCACUUUCAGCCAGCAGUUGACAUUGCCCCAAUGAAGAGAAUGGGGAAGCCAGAAGAGGUGGCAGAUUCCAUACUUUUCUUGUGUUCGACUCUUGCCUCGUUUGUGCAAGGGCAUGCGCUUGUUGUCGACGGAGGAUAUGUAAUCAACUGA